UCUUUGGCAGAAGGAAACCACAACUGAGCUGCACCACGGGGAAAAACCAAGACGACGCUGUAGGCGUGUCAGUCAUUUUUAUCAUUUCUUUCAGGAAGUAGACAUUUUUUUUUCGUGCCAUAACUUUGCUUUUGCGUGCGAUAGAAACACGUUGAUGGUGAGCUUUGGUUGAGGAACUGUCAUGUCGGACUCUUUGGAACGGUCCACGAAGGUCAACUCGUUGAAGGAGCCGGUUGUGAAGAGGCUGUGUGAGGUGCUGGACAAAUCCAGCACUAAAGGAUGGCGAAAACUUGGAGAGAUUGUUGGCAAUGAUAGACGGUUUAAAGUCAGCUCGGAUGACAUGGAGAUGUGCUCUCUGAAGGUGCUGGAGCUGGAGGGAAGCCCGAGUCUCAUGCUGCUGAGGCUGAUGGGAGAGCGAGGCUGCACCACGGGCCAUCUGAUGGACUACCUUCAAACUUUAGGCAACUCAGAGGCUCUGCAGUGCCUGAAACCGCCAGCCCUCCAGAUCCUCAUUCAGCCCCAGUCCGUAUCCAUUAUAUGUGGCCACAAUCUGCGGCUCAGCUGCCACGCUGUGGGCAAGUCUCCAGUACAGUACCAGUGGUUCAAAUCUAAGGAAGAGGUUCCAAACAGCUUCUCCCCAGACUUGGUAAUAAGUCCAGUCCAGAUGAAGGAUGCUGGAUUUUACAUCUGCAGAGUCAACUGUGGAGAUGCCUUUGAGUUCAGCCAGUGGGCUCAGGUGGAUGUCCUGAACAUCACCUUGUGUUACGGGCAGAGUUAUCACUCUUUAGAUGGUCGACUAAAGGUGGUGAUCCAGCCUCAGUCCCAGCGGCUACAUGUUGGGGAAGAUUUGCAGCUGGAAUGCGGAGCCGUGGGACGGCCGAUUCCUCGAUACCAGUGGCACAGAAAUGGAGUCCCAAUUCUGAAUGCCACAAAGAGGAAACUCAUGAUUCCUCACGUGAUGCAGGAACAACAAGGCAGGUAUCGCUGUGAGAUCAGCAGCAGCUCUGAGAGAAUGUGGACCAAUGAAGUUGAUGUCGUGAUAGCACCAAGGAUAUCAGUCCAGAUUUCAGGGGCAAUGGAGUGCUCUGAAGAUGACAUUUACGCCAUUGGAGAAGGUUCCAAUGAAUUCUUCCUAAACAGUAUUCCUGAACAACUUUAUGCAACUGACAAAGUGGCCCUGCUCAUCGGCAACCUGUCUUACCAGAACCACCCGCAGCUUAAAGCUCCGAUGGUGGAUGUUUAUGAUCUCACUAACCUCCUGCGGCAGCUAAACUUCAAGGUGGUUUCGCUACUAGAUCUCACAGAGUCAGAGAUGAGAAAUGCUGUAGAUGAGUUUCUACUGCUGCUUCACAAAGGAGUCUAUGGUCUGCUGUACUAUGCUGGUCACGGAUAUGAAAACUAUGGAAACAGUUUCAUGGUGCCAGUAGAUGCUCCAAAUCCGUACCGCUCAGCCAACUGUUUAUGUGUGCAGAGCAUCCUUAAACUGAUGCAGGAAAAGGAGACGGACCUCAAUGUUUUUCUGCUGGACAUGUGCAGGAAGAGGAAUAUUCACGAUGACAGCACUCCAAACGUCGUCCUGAGGGUUACCGCCAACAUUGUCUUUGGAUAUGCUACGUGCCAAGAUGCAGAGGCCUUUGAGCUGAGCUCCACCGGCUUCACCAACGGUGUGUUUGUGAAGUUUCUGAAGAAGCGUCUGCUGGAUGACGAGAAGAUCACUGUGGUGCUGGACAGAGUCGCCGAGGAUAUGGGCCAGUUUGACGCUACAAAGGGGAAGCAGGCUCUGGAGAUCCGCAGCAGUCUGUCGGAGAGGAGAGCGCUGACGGAUCCUAUUUUGCCCGGAGACAGCGCUGAUCUCGCUCAUGCUCACAGCCGACAGUGGGCAAAAGCUCACGAACUUCCUGAGAGUAUGUGUCUCAACUUUGACUGCGGCGCUCAGAUUAAGUUGGGCUUCGCUGCAGAGUUCUCCAAUGUGCUCGUGAUUUACACUCACAUCGUUAAGAAACCUACUGACAUGUCCUUCUGCCAAGCACACGUCACUGACUUCUCACAGGACCUUGAUGUGGAUCCUAAAUUGAUGAAUAGAGAAACUCCAGAGGAGACAGGGAUCUACCUCCUGUCCAGCAGUCUGCCGCAGCACUGUCUCUACACCAGACUCAGCUCACUGCAGAAGCUCAGGGAGGAGCUGGUCUUCACCGUGUGCCUUCAGGGAACCUUCACAGCCAUGGACGACGAUCAUCCGAUCCACUGGACGAAAAGCAUCAACAUCGGAAAGCCGCUGAUAGCCCGACUGGAUCUCCACCGGGCCAUGAGGCGAAACAGCUGCCUGCAGACCUGCCUGAUGCCCCACAGUCCAUCCCACAGCCCCUGUCACAGCCCUGGACCCGAACACCGCCACCACCUCUAUCAUGGGUCACACCAGACCCAGGACUACAACCGCCUCUCCCCGCAGCAUCGCUAUUUGGACAUCGGUGAGCAUCUGCAGGGCGCAGUUGGAGGCUGCAGCGAUAUCUACUAUGAAAAUCUCAGCCAGUGUCGCUAUGACCCACCGUACACCUCCGGUGGGCUUUCGAGCUCACCAGGCAGGCUCAGCAUUCCCAUAGAGACCACAGACGACAUCAACGAGCUGCAGACUGUGUUCAUCAACAGUCUGCAGCUACAGCCACAGUGAGACAGAAGAGAAGCUUUAAAUGUCUGUAGUUCUGAAUCUGUAUUACUGCUGCUCUUGUUGUUACAUAUUUCAAAUAGGUUUUAUAUUUUAUACAUCAGUUGUUUCAGAAAACGUUAUGCUGACCUUUGUAAAUCUGUUUUGAGAACUGAAAACAUGUAUUUGAGUAAACUGACUAAUAGUUCCUAAUGUAACAGUAUUUCAGAGACAAAAAUAGAGCUGAAACUAUUUUUCUUAGCCAGAUGCAUUUAAACUACAAACCAGGUGGGCAUUAAAAUAAAAACUAUACAUGGUAUGCAUUUUAUCAAAUAAACCUGAGAAAAAGAGGUGGUUUACAACCAUGGUUGUAUUCCUGUAUUUAUAAUUAUUACUUGUGCAUUUGUGACUUGGCAGCUUUUAGCUAUUAUAUAUGCAGGUUAAGGGUGGUGCAGUGGUUAGCACUGUUGCCUCACAGCAAAAGUCUUGGGUCUUGGGUUUGAAUCCACCAGCUGGAUGAGGAGUUUGUGUGUAUUUGCAUGUGUUCUCUCUGCUUUCACAGAGUAAAUAUAUGAAUGGGUUAACUGGUGAAUUUGAAUUGGCUGUAGGUGUGAAUGUGAGUGUGAAUGGUUGUCUGUCUAUCUGUGUCAGCCCUGCAACAGACAGUGUGUACCCCCUCUUUUACCCUGUGGCAGCUACGAUAGACGCCAACAGGACAAAAAUGGAUGGAUAUAUACAGACUUAUCUUUUUUU